CUCUGCCAUUACCUAUUCCACAAAACAACGGUUACAAAAUAUACAAACAGCGAAAAUGAAUAACAAAGCGAUAUUCCUUCUCUUCCUCUCUCUCGUUCUCCUUCCUCUCUACGCUUCUGCGUCGCCGUUUGUCGGUGGAUGGCGUCCCCUCAGAAACGUUAGUGACCCUCACGUCGUAGAGAUCGGCGAAUUCGCGGUCUCCGAGUACAACAAGCAGAGCAAAUCGGGACUCAAGUUCGUGUCGGUUGUUAGCGGCGAUUCUCAGGUAGUUGCCGGUACAAAUUACCGGCUUAUCGUGGCGGUUAAUGAUGGCGUAAAGAUAGCCAAUGCUGGUGCGAGCAAAAACUACGAAGCGAUUGUAUGGGAGCAGCCUUGGUUAAAAUCAAAGAAUCUCACUUCUUUCAAGCCAGCCAUGAACUAAUGACUGUUUCCUCUUAAGUUCUCCAUAUGUAAUGAUCUGAUAAAAUACAGUAAAAAAGUUAAAUAAACAAAGAAGGAAUUGAAUUAA